CUAUUCAUUGCGCCGAGUGGGCGGGGCUGAAGGCGAGCGAGAGAAAGAGAGGAGGCGGCGGCAGAAAAACGAGGCCUGGAGCAGCAGGCCGCUCUUCCAUCCCGCUUCCAAUUCCCAGGCAAUUUAAGACAGGCCUCUUUCCCCUUCCGCUUUCUUUUUCCCAGCCACAACCCUGAUCAUGUCGGCCUCUGCAACGGCCCCUGCCCCGGCGGAGACUGGCGGCGGUGGCGGAGGAGGAGCCGCCACCACCGGGGAGAAGCAGCGCUCCUCGGCUGCCUCUUCCUCCGCCGCGUCCGCUUCGGCCUCCGCCUCAUCCGCCGCCGGCGCCCCGCUCAACAUGGAAGGCCUCGACCUGCUGGAGAAGUGCGCCGUCUGCCGGGAGAAGCUCCGCGCCGAGCGGGAGCCCAGGCUCCUUCCUUGCCUCCAUAGCGUCUGCAAGGAGUGCGUCAAAGUCGAGCCCGCCGGCGGAGGAAACAACAAGGAAGGCCAAGUGGUUGACUGUCCAGUGUGCAAACACCAGUGUUAUGUAAAAGACAUAGUGGAGAACUAUUUUCUGAGAGAUGGUGGUACAGAGUCUCUUGGAGAAGCUAGAGAUGCUAACCAGUGUUGUACCAGCUGUGAAGAUAAUGCCCCAGCCACAAGCUUCUGUGUGGAGUGCCAAGAGCCUCUCUGCGAGACAUGUGUGGAGGCUCAUCAGAGAGUGAAAUAUACUAAGGACCACACUGUCCGGUCCACAGGAUCAUCCAAGACUCAAGAGAGGGAGAAGACUGUUUAUUGCUCUGUCCACAAGCAUGAGCCACUGGUGCUAUUUUGUGACACGUGUGACACACUAACAUGCCGAGAUUGCCAGCUGAAUGCACACAAGGAUCAUCAGUAUCAGUUCUUGGAGGAUGCAGUCAAGAACCAGCGCAAGAUGCUAGCCUCGUUGGUCAAGCGCUUAGGAGAUAAGAAUGCCAAUCUCCAGAAGUCAACCAAGGAAGUUCGCAACUCGAUUCGACAGGUGGCCGACGUGCAGAAACGAGUACAGGUGGAUGUAAAGAUGUCUAUCUUGCAAAUCAUGAAGGAGCUCAAUAAGAGGGCCAGGGUGCUUGUCAACGAUGCACAGAAAGUCACUGAGAGUCAGCAGGAGAAGCUGGAGAGGCAGCAUUGGGCAAUGACAAAGCUUCAGCGUCACCAGGAGCACAUUCUACGCUUUGCAAACUGGGCUCUGGAGAGUGACAACAACACAGCCUUGCUGCUUUCAAAAAAGCUGAUAUAUUUUCAGCUGCACAGAGCUCUGAAAAUGAUUGUGGAUCCUGUGGAGCCUCAUGGAGAUAUGAAAUUCCAAUGGGACUUAAAUGCCUGGACGAAGAGUGCUGAAACAUUUGGUCAGAUAGUCUCGGAGCGCAGUGGUUUGCCAGUGAUCUCCAAUGCUCAGCCCAACCAACAGCGGGCCAAUGCUGCUUCUGGCGGAGUGGCUGUCAGGCAGGGCUCUGUUCCACCUUCUCAGGGUGUGCAACAGAUGUCUCUGCAGACAAGCAUAAUGAAUAAGGGAGCACUGCUUCAGCCUGUGCUGCCUUCCAACAGCCAGCGGCAGGCCAUCCCUGAUUGCUAUAUCAAUGAUGCCAGUGCUUCUUCUGCUGGACAGCCAAUGGACAUGGGUGAUGGCUUUGGUCUAGAAGGAUCAUACUCUGGUGACGUAACUGGAACAAAAAGGGCCCGUAGCCAAGAUGGAGGAGAUGGCAGUCUUCGCAAAGUACCUCGCGUCAGCCUGGAACGUCUGGAUGUGGACCUGACAGCAGACCAUCAGCCACCCAUUUUCAAAGUCAUGCAGCGUCCUACCACAGAAGAUUACAACAUCUAUGUGAUUGAACAGGGUGCCCAGCAAGGAGGGCUGGCAGUGAAGGAGGAGCAGAUGGAGUCAGCAAUUGAACAUCCAGGUUCUGCUCUAGAUAUGAAAGACACUAAGCCAAUUCUGCCCCAGGAUGCUCUUCUUCCAGAAGGCUCCAUAAUCCCUCGUGUCAUCUCUCCCAGUGGCAGCACAAGCUCUGCUAUGGAAAUGCAGUCUGUUCACAGCCAUGAUGGUACAGCCAAUGGAGAAGAAGGUGCUUGCUGCAGGAUCUGCCUCAAAGCUGGAGCUGUGGUCAUGUGUGAUGGCUGCAAGAAAUGCUAUCACCUGGAUUGUCACCUGCCUGCCCUUCAGGACGUUCCUGGCCGGGAUUGGAAAUGUCUACUCUGUGAGGAUUCAGUGACAACCAUUGAAGAAGACGAAAACGACCUGACUCCAAUCUUCAUCGAUGGGGAGCCAAAGACUCUUUCAAAUGGUGACCAGAAGAGAUGUGAACGAGUUCUCCUUGAAUUACUGUGCUUUGAGCCUUGCAGGCCUCUUCAUCGACUCUCCAAUGCUACGGAGGGGCAGAACACCAUUGACUUGACCUUGAUUAGAGCCAAGCUGCAACGGAAACUUUCACCACCGUAUGUCUCUCCUGACGAGUUUGCGGAUGAUGUCUGGAAGAUGGUCAAGCAAUUUAAUACGCUGACAGAGGACAAAGAAGAUGUCCAGUCCAUCAUUGUUCUGCAGCGCUUCUUUGAAGCCAAGCUGAGUGCUGCUUUUGGUGACCGGAAGUUUUCAGCAUUGCGUGAACCCAUCAACGUAGAUGAGCCACUGAAAGAAAGCGCCCUUGCUCUCCGCGGCUCCUCACUCACUGAUCUCGGUGAGGCUUCUGCUUCUAAGCCUGAUGGAAGUGAUGAGGAUGAUGGAACUGCAGCCUAAACAGCUACUGCCUGUUAAAUGGACCAGCAUUCCACAGAAGAGAGAAAAUGGAGGUGCCGCCGUUUUGAAACUGUCCUUGCCUGUCCCUGCCCUCUACUCUUCUGGCCCCCUCUUUAUCCCCUUUCACACCUCUCUGCCUUUUAUUUUGAGAGUUAUUGUAGAACUUGGCAGCUUAGAUAAUGGUUAUAAUUGGUCUAAACUGUUCUUUUUUUCUCCUCCCCCCUUUUUUUUUGCUUGACAAAUUUUAUGCCCUUGUUCUGACAAAUACAUUUUGUGGGUUUUUUUUUAAAAGAAAUUAAAAAUAAUAAACUGAUAAAAUCCAGAACCCUGUAUCUAGCUCUCCUCUCAGACUAUUUUUAUUUUUGGUUCCUGGUGGGAAUGUUGUAGUGAUUCCCAACUCUGAUUUUAAUCCCAUGCCACCAAGGAGACCGUUGCUGUGGCCCAGACACAAAAUUGGAUCUCCUAUCAAUGGAUUGCCGUCUAAUACACUUGACCUUGGUUGGUCUCUAGUAGACCCCAAUUGUUUCAAAACACAAGGUCUUGGGUCCCCCAUCAUACGUUAAAAUGAAAGGCAUUAUUUCUCGGAUCACUUGAAAGUUACCUGGGCGUCUGACAAGCGCAACUGCUAGAGCAGCUCUGAGACAGCUAUUUUCUAUGGUGGUGGUUACAUACUUCGUGUGUCCAGACAAGGCCUGUCGCUUUUCAUUCAGUUUGUUCAAGAGGAGAUGUAUCUGUUUUCAUAGGUCAGAGUAGUUGUAGGUUUUUAAAUCCAGUUGUUCCUUCCACAUAGCCACCCUUUCUGGCUGUACGUUAUCUUCAAAAUGCUUUCUGGUUCAGUAGCUUAUCCUCACUAUCCCAAGAGCCAUUCUCCUAGAAAUGUGCUUUUUUUUUGGCUUAUGUAUAUUUUAGACUUUGCUUCUUUCAUGUUCAAGAAAUAAACAAUGUUUGCAAUGUG